CGCCCUUCCUCUCCCUGCUCUCCGGCCCGCCCGGCCUGUCCCGGCCCGGCCCGGCCCGCCACCCGCCAUGGCCCGGGACUACGACCAUCUCUUCAAGCUGCUCAUCAUCGGCGACAGCGGCGUGGGCAAGAGCAGCUUGCUGUUACGGUUUGCAGACAACACUUUCUCAGGCAGCUACAUUACCACAAUUGGGGUGGACUUCAAAAUCCGGACCGUGGAGAUCAAUGGGGAGAAGGUCAAACUACAGAUCUGGGACACGGCCGGGCAGGAACGCUUCCGCACCAUCACCUCCACGUACUACCGAGGGACCCACGGGGUCAUUGUGGUGUACGAUGUCACCAGCGCAGAGUCCUUCGUCAAUGUCAAGCGGUGGCUCCACGAAAUCAACCAGAACUGUGAUGACGUGUGCCGGAUAUUAGUGGGGAACAAGAAUGAUGACCCUGAGCGGAAGGUGGUGGAGACGGAAGAUGCCUACAAGUUUGCUGGGCAGAUGGGGAUCCAGCUGUUUGAGACCAGCGCCAAGGAGAACGUUAAUGUGGAAGAGAUGUUCAACUGCAUCACAGAGCUGGUGCUUCGAGCGAAGAAAGAGAACUUAGCAAAGCAGCAGCAGCAGCAACAGAACGACGUGGUGAAGCUCACGAAGAACAGUAAACGGAAGAAGCGGUGCUGCUGAUGCCCCACCCGCGCUGCUGCAGAGACUGCGCUGUGGCCCCGCCACCCGCCGUGGGCCUGGGGGGACAUUCUCAGUUUCGUGCCGUUAUUUAAAGAUGUUUUUCUCCACGUUUUCUAUUGGGAGGUGCCAUGGGCACUCUUUCCUCCCCUUGGAGUGCCAAGAAGAUGUCGGGUGAAUCCACCCUCUCCUCUGUGCUUCCCUCUGUCCCAGGGCCGAGGCGCUCACAGCACGGGUGCGGACGCUGCCAGCCGAGCGGACUGAUUAACCCAGAGUUUGUACAUAAUGUAUAUUGCUUUAACCAGCUGCGCCAUCCUCAUUUCGCUCGGGCUUUUGGCCUCCUUAAUGCCAAGCCACCAGGACGCUCUCCUUUGUCCCUCCUCUCGUUCCCAGACACAAGCAGCUCCCCAGAUGUCAGGAUCAGGCCCUGCCCCCCUUGGCCUGGCCAGACAGAGCUAGGGACUCCUUGUUCUCUUGCUCAGGUGGCCAUGUCAUGCCCCUCAUGUCCCUGUUGGAUUCAGCACUCCCUCCCUGUGCUGCGAGCUCUGUCUGGGGUGAGCCGUGGCCUGCCAGACCCAGGCUUGCCCUCCUGUCCUCCUCUCCCCCACCUCCUGCCCCUUCCUGGCAGCUGGGGGGCCUCGUGGCUCUUCCCCAGUCAGGUCAUCUCUUUCACCCCAUUCUCUUGCUUCUCUAUGUGAGCUUGAGUCCUGUCCUUUGGCCAAUGAAUAUUCCUUUUUGCCUCCUGGCCUCCUCCUCCUCCUCCUCGGUUCUCUGAACUGCAGGCACAGGAGCAUCUAGGCUCUUAAGUUUGUACCAAAAUGUUUAAAUUGCAGCAGAAAGCCAGGGGAUUGGGGGGUGGGGGGAGGGCAAGGGUCACAGGUUUUUUUUUAUAAAGAAAAUGAAGCCAAAUCAAAUCAUUUGAAAAAACUCCCUUGGCCCUGUCCUUUGGAGCCUCAGGGGAGCAGCAGUAGCGGCAGUGCCCUACCCCUCUGGUGGUCCUGGUUUUGGAAGGAUUGAAACAAGUUAGAAAUACUGUGAGGCCUGGAUUCUUCAUGCUCUAGAACAACCUUCGGGACUGCUUGUCCACAGGGCUGGGAUCCUGGCCCUCAGUUUCCCCAGUGGUCUGUCGCUUGGGUAGCUUGAGGAGGUGAGGAGGGGCUGCUGGCCCUGGGGAAAGGCCCUCUUCAUGGGCCAGGCAGCAAUGACAGCUUCUUGGGGGUGGGAGGCAGGGGCGAGGGGGACAGACAUGGGGCUGCUGACCAUAAUUAGCACAGUCCCGUGGGCGCCUGGGGACCCUGGCCAAGGUCCCCUGCGCUUGAAUCCCAUACCUCCUUAACACCCCCCUAAAAAGGAUCACGUGGCCUGGGAGUAAUUUAUGUUCUCGCUGCAAAUUACUUUAAUAGGUUUUUUUUUCCUAAAUGAUUUCCAUGCAGAGUUUUGAUUGGACAAUCACAUCACGGAUCAGUCACUGCAGAUUUUCCAUGUAAACACUGUUGGGCGGGUUUUUAAUCAAUAAAAACUGGGGAUGUCGUCUACCCGUCUCCUCGUCCCAGAA